GCGGGCACCGCGUCAUCUGGCAAGGCAGUGGGCACCGGGUCACCAGGCAUUGGAUCGUCUGGCUCGACAGCGGGCAUCGGGUCACCAGGCAUCAGGUCAUUUGGCUCGCCAGCGGGCACCGCGUCAUCUGGCAAGGCAGUGGGCACCGAGUCACCAGGUACGACAGCGGGCUCUGAGUCAAUUGGCACGACAGCGGGCCACCGGAUCAGGUACCGGAUCAUCUGGAUCAACAGCGGGCAUCGAGUCAACUGGCCUAAUAGGAUCGUCAGGCUGGAUCAGUUCAUCAUGCUGGGUAGAGGCAUCAGGCUGAAUGCCGGCGUCCGGCUGAGUAGAGGCUUCAGGCCAAGUAGAGGCAUCAGGCCGAGUAGAGGCAUCAGGCCGAGUAGAGGCAUCAGGCCGAGUAGAGGCUUCAGGCCGAGUAGAGGC